GGUAGCUGAAACGUUGUGUUAUCAACGGCCACGCACUACAUAAGAUGAACAACUGCGUGUGAUUUCAGCUUUCCUGUGUGGAAGUGAAGUUAAGUUUCUCGGUAACGUCCAUUCAGCGGUUCUUGGCAAAGUAGAGCGAGUGAGCCGUGUUCUGACACAUUGUGCGACAGUGAGAUCUCCUCAUUUUUCCCCCUCUCUGGUCCCAUGCACGCUCAGUUUCUUGAACAAGUUGUGAUAUACAUUUGCAUCCCUAUAUGCGUGCAUUCACAGCUAUCACCUGCUCUUGAAUUACUCUGAAACUCAGUCAGCAGCGCUGUAAACAUGGCAGGAGUUAUCCGGAGGCUCGACGAGACGGUCGUCAACCGCAUUGCUGCAGGAGAAGUGAUCCAGCGUCCUGCCAACGGUGUCAAAGAACUCAUUGAAAACUGUUUGGAUGCAAAGUCCACCAACAUUCAGGUGACGGUGAAAGACGGCGGACUGAAGCUCCUGCAGAUUCAGGACAACGGCACUGGCAUCAGGAAAGAAGAUAUGGAAAUCGUUUGUGAACGGUUUACCACCAGCAAACUCCAGACUUUUGAGGACCUCUCAGCUAUUGCAACAUAUGGGUUCAGAGGAGAGGCCCUUGCUAGUAUCAGCCACGUUGCCCAUGUGACCAUAACGACUAAGACAGCUGAUGCUAAAUGCGCAUACAGAGCCAGCUAUAGCGAUGGCAAACUAAAAGGCCCUCCCAAACCAUGUGCUGGCAACCAAGGAACACAGAUUCUUGUGGAGGACCUCUUCUAUAAUGUGUCCACCAGGAGGAAAGCUUUGAAGAGCCCCAGCGACGAGUACUCCAGGAUUGUAGAUGUGGUCAGCAGGUACGCCAUACACAAUUCAGGAAAAAGUUUUUCUGUCAAAAAGCAAGGAGAGACUGUGGCAGAUGUGAGGACUCUUCCCAACGCAUCUGUAGUGGAUAAUAUCCGAGGGGUUUUUGGCAAUGCAGUCAGCAGGGAGCUGAUUGAAGUUGGCUGUGAGGAUCAGAAGCUCGCUUAUAAGAUGAAAGGCUACAUCUCCAACGCAAAUUACUCAGUCAAGAAAUGCAUCCUGAUCCUCUUCAUCAACCAUCGUCUGGUGGAGUCGAGUGCUUUGAAGAAAGCAAUAGAGACAGUUUAUGCCGCAUACCUUCCCAAGAACACACACCCUUUUCUAUACCUCAGUUUAGAGAUCGCUCCGCAGAAUGUAGAUGUGAAUGUCCACCCCACAAAACAUGAGGUGCACUUUCUGCAUGAAGACAGCGUCAUCGAGAGCGUUCAGAAGCACGUUGAGAGCAAACUUCUGGGCUCCAACUCGUCGCGCACAUAUUUCACUCAGACAUUGCUGCCAGGGCUGUCAGUCUCAGGUGGCAGUGAAGUCAAGCCCUCCAGCGCUGCAGCAGAGUCCAGUGAGCGAGUCUACGCACAUCAGAUGGUGAGGACAGACUGCCGCGCGCAGAAGCUGGAUGCCUUUCUCCAGCCAAAAGAGAAGCCGCCUCCCGAUCUUGAAGCAGCCGGUCCCAGCAGCAGGGAGACUGUGGCCAAAACCGCCCAGCCCGACAGCGUAGAGAUGGAUGACGCAGAUGAUGAUGCAGACAUGAUGGAGGCCCUGGCUGAGCAGGAAGCAGAGAUGCCAAAAGGCGAUGAAGACAAUGCUAAUUGCGCUCAAAGGAAGCGACCCAGGAAAGAGCAGCAGGAGGAAAAAGAAGAGGACCUGAGGGCUGCAGCCACGCCCGAGAGACGAGUCAUAAAACUGAACAGCAUCAAAGAGCUCCGAGCGGAGAUCACUCAGAACACACACAAAGGUCUUCAAGAAAUGCUGCAGAACCACUCGUUUGUGGGUUGCGUAAAUCCCCAGUGGACUCUGAUCCAACAUCACACCAAACUGUACCUGCUCAACACCACCAAACUCAGUCAGGAGCUCUUCUACCAAAUACUCAUCUACGACUUUGGGAAUUUCGGUGUACUAAGACUAUCUACACCAGCUCCACUUUAUGACCUGGCCAUGUUGGCUCUGGACUCCGAGGAGAGCGGCUGGACAGAAGAGGAUGGUCCGAAAGAAGGCCUGGCUCAGUACAUAGUGGACUUCCUGAAGAGGAAAGCAGAGAUGCUGGAGGACUACUUCUCCAUGGAGAUAGACCAGGAAGGAAAUCUAACAGGGCUGCCAUUACUGCUUGACAAGUACACCCCUGUCAUGGAGGGUCUCCCCAUGUUCAUCCUGCGCCUGGCCACUGAGGUGAACUGGGACAUUGAAAAGGAGUGCUUCAGAGACUUCAGUAAGGAGUGCAGCAUGUUCUACUCCAUCAGGAAGCAGUACAUCCUGGAGGCUGAGCUGGGAGAGGAGCAGGACGCUGAGGCGAACUCGUGGCGUUGGAAAGUUGAGCACGUCAUCUUUAAAGCUUUCCGAACUCUCUACAGUCCUCCGAAGAACUUCAGUGAGGACGGCACGGUGCUGCAGAUCGCCAACUUACCUGAUCUCUAUAAAGUGUUUGAGAGGUGCUAAAUCUGAUCGUCAAAUCUAACUGAAAAAUCAACCAUAACACGCUGCUCUUUAUACUUGAUGUAUUAUGAUUUGUACUGUAAAUAAAUUAUUUGUAUGAAA